AUGAGUUAUAAACACAAAUCUGGUGCACAAAAAAGAAAAGAAAAGGAUGAGAGAGACAACGAAGCAAAAAAAGGACAGCUAUCACUCGGGCAAUAUUUUAAACCUUCCACAGCUUCGACUGAGUUACCUAUACGGUCUAAUGUGAAAUCAAGUCCAGUAUCAAAUGAAUUGGAAGGUAAGGGCAACAAUGUAAUUAUUAUUGAUAGUAAUAGCACUAAUUUAAGUAUGGUUAUUCAUACAAAUGAGGAUAAUAUAAUAACUGAAACCGAUAAUGUUACUAUUGUUACUGAAAAAUCGCUUUCUUCGCCACGGCUACAGCCAUUAUAUAAAUAUUUUGAUAUUGGUGAUCCCAAUUUUGACAUAGAUCGUGACUUGAAGUAUCCCCAUAUUCCAAAUCCGGAAAGCUUUCCUGUGGAUUCUGAAGGUUUUAGUGUGCCAAUAUCGAUAUUUAAAAAGAAACUAACUAAUAAUGAAAUGAUUACGAGAGAUUGGCUAGUUUGGAGUAAAGUAAAGCAAGCAUUUUACUGUUUACCUUGUAAACUAUUUAGCACGUUGCCUGAGUCACAGCGUUCCGCGUUGGCACUUCCUGAAGGGUUUUCUACAGUGAAACGUUGGAAAAAACUGUAUGAUAAGGUCCCUGAACACGAAAAUAGUUCAGUACAUAAAAAAAGCUACGUUCAAUGGAAAUCAGAGAUCUUUAAAAUAAAAAAAGACAAAUCCUUGUCAGGUAUUUUAUUAAAAUCGAUAAACAGUGAUAAAGAAAAGUGGCGUGAGCUCUUAAAGCGUUUAAUUAAGGUCACUUUGUUUCUGGCCGAAAGAGGGCUGGCUUUUCGAGGGGAUUCUGAAAAAAUCGGUGAAUCAUCUAAUGGGAAUUUCUUGGGCAUCUUAGAACUACUCGCUAACUAUGAUCCAGUUUUGAAUGAACAUUUAAAUAAAAUUCGCCACUUUCAAGAAAAGGGAGAUAGAAUGCAAGUGCAUUACCUGUCCCAUGACAUUCAAAAUGAAUUCAUAAGCUUAUGUGCUGCUGAAGUAACUAAAAAAAUUCUUGAAGAGAGAGAAAAAGCAAGGUACUACUCUGUAAUUGUUGACGCAACACCUGAUUCUGCUCAUGUAGAACAGACUGUUAUAUUAAUAAGAUAUGUUAAUUUAACUGAACAGGUAGAAAAUCAACAAUACCAAGUGGAAGAACGUCUACUAUGCUUUGUAGAUUGUGCCAAUAAAAGUGGAAAAGCUAUAGCAGACCUCAUUAUGAGUAAAUUAAAAAUAUUUAAAAUUCCAUUAGAAGACUGUAAGGGCCAAGGGUAUGAUAAUGGUAGUAAUAUGAAAGGUGUAUAUAAAGGAGCUCAAGCUAUUAUACUCAGAGCUAAUAACGAGGCUAUAUACUCAGCUUGUACUUGUCACUCUUUAAAUCUAUGUGGGGAACAAGCAGCAGAGAGCUGUACAGCAGCUAUUACUUUUUUUGGAGCCAUCCAAAAAUUAUAUAAUAUCUUUAGUUCAAGCCCCCAAAGAUGGGAAAUCUUAAAAAAAAAAAUACCGUCCUCUCUUCAUUCAAUGUCAAGAACACGAUGGUCAGCAAGAGUUGAUAGUGUAAAACCAGUCGUUGCACAUCUACCAGCUAUAUUAGAAGCCCUUGAAGAUUUGAAGCUACUAAACUUGACAUCAGAAUGUCGUCGAGACAUACAGGGAUUAGAAAAGUACUUCAAAACUUUUAACUGUCUUCUCCUAGCUUCUAUUUUGUUCAAGAUCCUAAAGUCAAUAGACAUUGUAAACCGUGUAUUACAAUGUAAAAGUGGUACUUUGGAUGUUGCCUCGAAAAAUUUGAGUUCAUUGAUCGAAGACUUGCACAAAAUACGAAAUGAAGGUUAUGAUAUUAUACUUAAUGAAACUCUAAUAGUGGCUAAAAAUAUAGGUUGGCCUCAAUAUUUCGAAGAAGAAUUAAAAAGAACUCGGAAACGAAAAAGACAUAUAGAUGAAGAUGACGAAAACGAAAAUGCAGAUGAUCUUCAAAGAACUAAAUUCAAGAAUGACGUUUUCAAUAUUAUCCUAGAUAGUGUUAUUGGAGAUAUGACAGUUAGGUUCGAAUCAGUGCAUUCUCUUUGUGAAAGAUUUUCUGUGCUAUGGUUGAAUAAAGAAAUGACCAUAGACCAGAUUCAAGAAAAAACUACUAGGCUGGUAAAACAGUAUCCAAAGGAUUUAGGAGAUGAGCUUACAGAUGAACUUCAAAGUUUAAAACUUAUAUAUUCAGCCAACUUUGGUGAAAAGACACUCUCACCUUGGGAUCUUCUCAAUGCUAUAAAAACUUCAAAUCUGGAAAAUUUAUUUCCUAACCUUACUGUGGCUCUCAGGAUAUUUAUCACAAUUCCUGCUACAGUAGCAAGUGCAGAACGCUCUUUCUCUGUAUUAAAAAGAGUAAAAAAUGUUUUACGUUCGACCAUGUGUCAAAACAGGCUAUCAAGCUUAGGAGUCUUGGCAGUGGAAAAAGAACUAGCUAAAAACACCAACUUGGAUGCUGUUAUCGAUGAUUUUGCUAUGAAAAAGGCCAGAAAAGGAACACUUUAA